UUUGCGCGAGACAUUUCAGUUCUUCGACGACUGUCGGCCGAGUUGGUAAGAAGAUACGGACUAAAAGUAACGGUGCUGGUGUUUGGGCAUGAAAUGCCAAACAUUUAAGUGACUUGAAAAAAACGUUAUGUGCACGAAGCAGACGGCGUGUGCGCGUGUGUGUGAAGAAGAAGAAUUGCUAUGAAAAUGGCAUAAGAAGAUAGAUUUGUUGAGAAAUUAGAAAAUAAAGCAUACGAAAAAUAAAUUUUGUAAAAAAAAAUUCAAAACUGUGUGAAAAACAAAUGUGUAAGCAAACAACUUGCAAAGUUUAAGCAAUAGAAAUAUUUUGAAAAAAAUUAAAAAACAAAUAUUUUGAAGAAUUUAAAUAAAAUUCAAGAAAUCACGAUUUUCCACACGCCAAAGCGCUUGUGUGCAUAUUUGUUGUUUUUGUAAAUAUUUCAAAUAUUUUGAAAUUAUUCAAAACAAAGUGGUGAAACAACUAAGCUGAACAACAACAAAAAGUAACAACAAAUGCCAAACGCUUAAAUUUGUGAAUGCCAAACAAAUGCAAAUGCAUUAAACAAAAAAUCAAAAACAGCAACAACAACAAACGUAAAAAGCAAAACACAACAAAAAGGCAGGCAUUCAAACGAGUUUCCUUUUGGUGCAACUUUGGACGACUGACUGUCUUUGACGCGCCCGCUGCCCCUGGCACACACAGACAGCUAUAAGCAUAUAGCAGACAGUAACAACAACAACUACGUCAGAAACCACUUUUUUGCGUGCACAAUUCGCCUGCUGCAUUUCCUCCUUUUGCCAACAACUGUCAUCCCUCGGCGCUUUGCCGCUGCUGCUGCUGCUGCGGCUUCUUCAGCGCGUCCAAGCGGCUGCAUUGCAGCUGCAGCCCGCCGCUGUUAUUGCACGUUUUUGUCUUUGUUUCGCGUGUAUUUGGUUUAUUAUUGGCCAUAAAAAUCGUUAAAAUACACACAUAUAUUAAGCGACUGCGCGACUGUGGCAACAACAACAACAAAACACAACACAAACGACAGCCACAAUAACAAUAAACUGUUGUAAAGUGGCGAAAAAACCAGCAAAGGAAAAAUAAAACUAACACACACAUACACAGUCGGGCGUUUAACGAAUGCAACGAAAACCUGCAGUUGGCGGCGUUUAAAGUGCGAAAAAAGUACGCGGAAAAGCCGUUACGUGAAAAAUUCUAGAAAUUCUGCAGGGGAAAAGGAAGACAGCAAAACACAAAAAAAAACGUUGCAAGCGCUUAGAAAAAAGCAAGCAAAUUGAAUAACAAAGUUUCGUACGCAUAAUCUUAAACUCGUAAAGUGUCUGUGACAGUGGGCGAGUUCGUGCGCUUAACUGCAUUUCACGUGAAGUUCACAGAAAGCGCUGCAUUGUGUUUGUGGUGACUCAAUUUUUGUGCGAAAAUUUGCGAAUUUGACAGUGAAACGUGGUUUGGGAUUUUUUUUAUUGAGUCAACAGCAGCUGACGGAAAGUACGUGCCUUCGAGUGUUUUAAAAAGGUAAGGACCAGCUGCCUUCUCCACAUUUCAUACCAAUUAAGCUAUUUUAAACGCUUUUGUGAUUAAUUGCUAUUGACGUAGUCACAGUUUAAGAUUUCGCGACUCAAUCAACUAAUAUGGAAACUGGAUAGCCACUUAAUUUGGUAGCUUCAAUCAGUCAGCCAUUCGUUUUGCUUGUAUAUAUAGGCAUUCUAACAACAUUAGAUACUACCACUCAACAUGUAAACAAUAUUCCUAAACUCACCAAAUUCCACUCGGUCACAUACGAAUCACUAUUAACCGCUAAAGCAUAGAGAAAAAAAACAAAAAGUGUAAACACAUUAAAAAAUCCUCGCUCGACACGGCGGCCAGCGGCAUGUUUGGCCUAUUGGGCUCCUCACAAAUCUAUGGAUUACAGCAAGUGCAUGAGUACGGCAACAACAAUCGCGCCAACAGCGACAACAACAUAAGCAAUAGAACACACACAAGCAACAACAACAACGACAGCACAAAUAACAGCAGUCACAAGCAACGUCGUUCCACAUCGAGUCACACGGAGAGCGGCAGCAAAUUCUUCGCCUCACUCAGUUCCAUGCAACAGGGCAUUAAAUCGCCAACGAAUUUCAUUGAAAAAUUCAUUAAAAACGAAUUGCUCAGCGGCUACGACAGCAUAAAGAACUAUAAAAACUUUCAAACUACCACAAGUGGCUCGAACAGCACCUUCUUCACCAGUCACAACGGCACCGCGUCGACACAAGCACGCGCCGCGACACCUGGUUGCGUCGGUGGUGGUGGCGAAGGUGGCGACAUUUUGAGCGCCGAGAGCCUGCUGACCACUUUCAAUUGCCUGCAGGGCAGCUAUCGCAGCAACUGUGAUGGUGAGUUCUACGAGCCGGUGAAUGUGACCGCACAGCGCAAGCAAGCAGCGAAUAGCUCUAUAGCAACAACUGGAACGACAACGACAACAGCAACGCCGGAAGCGGAUAUGACGAUCAAGUACUCGAAGAACUUGCUCGCGAACACGCCAGACGAACAGUCGCCCGCCACGCUGCAGAACUAUCAGAAGUUGUCCGAAUGCGAGCAAGACUUGCUGUUGACGCCGUCGAGUGGCGCGAGUUCGGGCGAAUUUAACAGCGAUGCGAACGGCAGCGGCAGUGGCAGCGGUCAGACGACAACGCCGGUGAAUAGUUUGUACAAGCGCUUGUCGUUUGGUGGGCGCGCGAACAAGAAUUCGACGGAUAAUACGGCGACGGGGACGACGACAGUGGCGACAAAUGAAAAUGUUUCCGACUACUCCUUGUCGAACAACUCGUCCGCCUCAUCGACACUCUCCUCGAAGACCACUUCGGUGUCACUGAAAUCCAUCGACCUGCAACGCACAUCAUCCGCCUCGUCGUCCGGCGAUUGCGCACAGCCGUGCGAACGUCGAAAAACAUCGCCAACCGCCAAUACAGCUGAAUUAAGCACGGAUGCCACCAGCGCACUUCAGCUAACGCCGGAGCGCGUGCAACGACGCAAGCUCAUCGCAAUGAUCUCACACUAUGAACAACAGACGAAGCUGUUGCAACGCGAACUGGCCAAGGAGAAGCGACGCCGCGGCGAAGAGCUCGCCUGCGUAGCGAAAUCGCUGCUGUGCUUCGAGUCGAAACUGAAAAAGGAUAUGAAGGCCGUCAAUCAGCGACUCUUCGAGAAGGACGUGGAAAUCUGUCGUUUGGUGCAACAAAAUCGCGCAUUGCGUAAACGACUGACCAAAUACACCGAAGCGGAGGGUGAGAAUGCGCGUGACGAAGGUGUGGUUGAGGAUGGCGAACCGGAGACAGAGGGUGAGGUGGAGGGGGAGGAAGAGCGUAGCGGAAAAACGAAGGAAGCUGUGCUGGAGCGUCGUACUGCGUCGCCUGCGGCGUACAGCGACCAACAAUUGCUGGAAGACUGUUUGGUACUCGAAGCUUUGCAAUGCAUUAAUUGCAAGAAGCAAUUCUAUGACAUUGAUCUAAAUGAGGGCUGGACACAGAAUACGUCAAAGGAUGGUACAAGAAAAAGUGUUGACCACACCACUGAGCACGGCUCAUCGAGUGAUGAUACAGUCUCAUCGUCGUUUUACGGAGCCCGGCGCAGUGUACGCUACACCAGCAAACGCACCUCCGGCACUUUCCGCGAUUAUAUGCGCUCGCGUGCGAUGAAUAUCGACGAUCCGGCGUUGGAUAACAAUUCGGAGGAGAACACGAGCACAAUCAGUCGCGAUGACUCGCAAACCAGCUAUGAAAAGCUCAAUAUGUAUUCGCGCACCAUCGAACGUAUGCACGGCGUGAAGGGGGAAAGUGAGCGCGAGUCGGAGCAGAGCGGUAUGGAGAGUACGGUACGACCGGCUUCACGACUGAGCUGCAAGAGUAGUCUUAGCAGUAAGAGCAGUAACAGCAGUUGCAGCAAGCAUAGCGCCAAAGCACCGACACCGCAGAUUGAAGAAGACGACGGCAUAUUUUCACCCACACAGGAUGAUGACUUCGAAGAACCAGAAGAAGUCGGUGGACGCAGUAUUAAGAUUGUGAUGCGUCGCUCCACCGAGUUUUCCGAGGCUUCGCCGAAACAAGUCUAUGAGACCUCCACCGACGAUUGGUAUGCUAGUGCCUCCGAUCAAGAGGAAAUCACAACAACUGCUGUGGUGCCCAAAUCAUAUGCCAAUGGUGCGGUCAACCCGGUGCUCGAAUGCGUUAAUCAAAUACUAUUGCAACAGUCCAUGGAAGAGCCGGUAGCCGAGCGAAAUAACCAAACGACAGCUCAAACCCUGCAGGUUAACUACAGCAAUGCCACCUCCACCGCCAACUUGCCACGUCGCAGCUCACUGAGUGGACGACGUAGUUCACGUAGCAAUAGCCGUUCCAGUGAUGGGCAGCCGUCUCGUAAUGGCACUUUGACACGGAAGCGUGUACAUUUCUCGACCAAGAAUAGCAUGGUGCAUGUGCCACGCAACGAUGAGCAUGACGAGGAGGACGAAGAUGCCAAUGACGACGACACUACACAGGACACGCAAGAUACAAACGAAGCCAUGAUCUCAAGCCUAGCGCAAUAUCACCCAAUGAGUUACUACCCACAAGCUGCACAGCAAGCAGCAUCCGCUAAAGCAGCCGCCGUCGCAGCCGGCACCAUUGCACGAGGCGGCAUGCUUGCCGAAGUGAGCGAGCACGAACGUCUCGAAACGCUAAACUACGAGAGUAUUUAUAGCAACGAAUACGAACCGAUUGGAUCCGAGCAUAAUUCCUCAAAUCUUUAUGUGGACAUGGAGUCCGCAACCAAGACGGCCGCACUUAAUGCUACAAGCACUACAGCAGUCGUAGACACAAAAGUACCAAAAACACCGCCAGCCUUGCCACCGAAGCCAGCAAAUCUACUGAAGUUUAAAAAAUCACUACAACAACUCGAUGAGUUGCCUGACGAGCAUUUACACCAGGAAGGGCACGCCGUAGUUGAACCGGAUUACUGCUCCAUUUCGGAGGUGAACAUGGGCAUAACGAGUGUGCAAAUAGUUGCCGACAUACACAAGGCACCUGAAUCGGAAGCUGAUUUAGAGUCGAACUCCGCGCUUGAGGCGCCCAUCUCCGAACUCGACGUCGAAGUAUCGACAGUCGCCUCUGAUGAGACAUUCGCUGUCUCACAAAAGACUGAUGAAAUCGACGAGAUCUUCGCCGAUGUACCAAAGCUACCAAAUGUGGCGGCCAUUAUAGCGCCAAAACAGACGAAAAUGCCACAACAACAGCCGACACAAAAGCACAACUUGCCCUCCCCAGAUUACCUGGUGAUGUCGCCCAAAGUAGAGACGCCUAAUAUGAAGUUGCAAAAUGCGCAUAAUGCGACCAUAUUAAAUACGGCCACAGCCACAAAGCAACAGAUCACCUCUAACAAUUUGGAUGGCACACCUAAGGCCAUUGCCAAAUCCACGGUGAACACACCCAUAAAAUCGCCCAAUCGUCCGGAUAAUAGCGCGCUUAAACUGCACUUACACACACCCAGUCCACUGCAAUACAAACGCAAACAUAUGCCGAACAUACUCGCCGAAAUCAAUAAGCGCAUGAGUUUACCCAGCUCACCAACAACACCUACGGCACGACUGAGCUUCGCCACUCCUGCCAAAACUGUGGCCGCAAACAAAUCGCCGCUGCAGCUUGGCGUCAGCACUCCGUCGAAUAUGCCCAUUCAGGCAGAGUUCGAUUGGUACAAUUUGGAUGCCGAGUAUGGCAAGACCGCCUCACAACAACCCGAAUUACACAAGGUGAGCGACUCGCUCAACAACGGCACCAUGCUCGCCGGCAUACACGAAGAUGGUGAAAGUUUGGUCACAGCAGCCGACGAAUACAACUUGGAUGAAGAGUUCUCGCUCAUCAGUGAUAAACCGGAGGAACUUAAUGCCGACAACAGUGAGCAGGAUAAUGAGAGUGCAGAGGAGAAGAGUGAAAUAAGUGUUGUGGAUACGACGAAACCACUGCCAACAAAUAUUAAACUCUCAACACAACGUGCCGAGCCUAAAAAACUCGACAAUGUCGCUGCUUUAAAUGCUGCCAUUUGUGAGGCCGUGAACUUUCCCAUGUUCGGUGAAAGCUCGCCGCUAGUGGCGCUCUCGCCUGGGAUUGCUAAUAACCAUGCCAAGGCAAAGAAAAUUAAGAAGAAUUUAGCCAACUUUGAGAAAUUCAUCGAGGGUUCCGGCUUGAGCACUAAGCCGCUACCGAGCAAGCGAAAAAUCUACUUUGCUGGGCCAUUUGUGUGAAAGUUGUGAGAAAUCGAUUUGGAGCGAAGUCUGGAAGGUCUAAAAAGAGGAAGAGAGUGCAUAGCGCAACCAAUCAGCAGCGAGGUGCUCGCGAAAUCAUAGGAGAAGCGUGAGCGAGUUGGAACUAGCGUGGAGUUGAAUACUAAAAUCGCGCGCUGAAGUGAUCUACAAACAUCCAUUUAAAAUAGUAUACCGUUAUGCGUUGUGUUAACAUAAUUUCUUAGCAUGUUCAAGUUGAUAUUUGUUUGUGUUAUUUUUCGUAGCUUGACUUAACGGUAGAAUUUCUUAGGAUCUUAACUCAAAAGUUUUAUAUGAAUUUUGUUAAUUUUCGAGUACAUUUCUCAAACGUUCAUUUCCAUGUUUUGUAUAAUUUUUAGGUAUUUUUUAUGGUAUUUUAGUUAAGCGUUCACUACUUGUUUUAGUAAAAAUCAUGGAUUUUGUUAAGUAUAAGGCAAUUUACCUAUGUGUUUCCUGUUCACUAAAUAUAAUUUUAUAAUUACUUAUAGUUAAAUUAUUUCCGAAAUGUAGUACGCAGUUGUAGCUAUAUAUGUGUAUGUUUAUAUGUUUUUCGUAAUUAGUUUUAAUUAGAAUUUUUUAAUUAUAAAAUUUUCAGCUUUCCGUAGCGAAGAAAUUAAAGAAGAAUUUCAUUAGCAGACGAAUCUAGCGUUUAAUGUGACGAAUUGUAUUAGAACCUGUAAUAAUUUUUGUUUGAAGAAAUAAAUAAAAGGAAUUUCAAUACACCCUGUA